AUGGAAUUAUUAGAGGAUGCGGGUAAUAUUUCGGAGCACGAACCGAGGGAGUUUGAGGAGACAAGUCAAAAAGCAAGUGAAGAAAUGGUAGAGCUCGUAAAUAUUUUUACAGAGGAGCAGAUGAACAGAUACGAGAGCUAUCGCCGUUCGUCCCUCCCGAAAUCUGUGCUAAAACGUAUUUUCCAAAGUUUCACUGGCACUGUACUCAAUUCUAACGGUGUAAUUGUGCUCGCUGCAGUCGGGAAACUUUUCAUUGGAGAGCUUGUUGAAUUAGCCCGGGAAGUGGCUGACAGCCACGGGCUGUCGGAUCUCGAACCUGUUCAGCCUCUCCAACUCAAGGAGGCAUUUCGACAUAUGUUGCUGGAAGGUAAAGUAUUGCACAGUCGAAAUGUUGAUAUGUUUCGGAAUCAGCGUUUGUGAUAUGCUCCAAGUCACUCAACUUCGCGUAAACUUUGAGUGAUUUCUUCAUAAAGUAAACUCGUCUGUGACACGAGACUCUUUAUACCAUCUGAAACUUUGCUUGUAUUCAUAUGGUAAUCUGAAAAUUGUAUAACUGGAAAACUCUAUGCUGAGCUUUGAUUGCAGCAGUAUUGGCACUUUAAAGCAUAUCUGACUAUCUUUGAUGCCUGUGCUUAUCUUCGCUUCAGCUCUGGACCCAAAUCUGAACUCAGAUCUUCUUGGCUUCUCUCGACCCGGUUGUCUCGAUGAAUCUUCACAGGCACCUUUUCUUCAGCGACGUUCUCAAUAUUUAACUUUGACAAUCCAUUCAUGGAACAUCUGAGUCGGAUAUGAUUUCACUGGCCUUGAAGAGGCCAUUUUUGCAUCGUGUCAACUAGUGCAUAAAUUUGUAUUUGACAACGUUGCUGCUUGUACUAUCAGAACAAGUCUAUUCAAAAGCUGUCUAAUUUAUCAAUUGUGCCUUGAGCAAGAUGAGUCAGCGUUUCGCACUGCAUAAAGCACUCAACCGCUGGCGUUUCUUCCAAAAGAGAUAUUUCAAACUUAAAGGUAACCUCAUC